AUGAGUGAUGAUGACUUGCCUUUAUCAUCAACUGAUGAACCAAUAAAUCAAAAAUUUUCUUCAAAUAUUGUUAAACAUAUUUAUUUUGAUGAUGAACAAGAUGAUCAUGAAAAUUUAACAACAGAAAAAAUUAUUGAACGUCCAACACCAUCGACAAUUCGUGUUGAUAGUAGUGAUUUAAUAUCACGUUGUAAAGAUUUUAUUCCAUUAUUAUCAGAUACAAAUCAAAAUUUAACAAAUAAAAAUCAAUUAAAUGAAAUUAUUUCAUUAGAAAAAGAUGAUGAAUUAAAAAUUUCAGAUAUUGAUAAUAAUUCAUUAUCAGAAAAAAGUUCAAAAGAAAGUGGUGAAGCUUCAUCAACAACUGAUGAUGAAAAACAAAAUGAUAUUAUUAAGAAAAAACGUAAAAAGAAAAAAAAGAAAAAGAAAAAAAAAGUUAAAUUAAAUCAAGAUAAUGAUGUUAAAACUUAA